AUGGCGACAUCGACAAAAAUACUCCUCCCCGAGGGCAAUAAGCCUGACUCCUCAGAGACCGCAUCGAGACUGCUACAGGACAACCACGAGCUGCACCACAUGUUCUUCAACGGCGAAGGCUUCCACAACCAUAUCAACCACGGCCUCCUCACGCUCUGGGCUCUUGAAGCCUCUCCUACCAAUAUCGAGAAGUUCUACGACCUGAACAAAGUCUUUCAGCGGCCUCAGGAACCCGCUGAUCAGAAGUUGAGUCUCGACUUGGCUGAUGUUGAGACGUUCAUGGAAUAUAUGGGAGAUGACAAGUACUACAAAGCGUAUCUUGAUUUCUUCUCGCAGGAGAUUACCAGCACAAGCUGGCAGGAAGUACUGCAGAAGUACCUCUUCGCGAGGGACAAGCGGGCGGAUACGAUGCUCGUUCGUCUGUUCGACAGCUUCCUUCAUCCUCUGAUUCAUGUUGGGUUCGGCGUUGAGUUUGAGCAGCCGGCGAUUAUUGCUGAAGCGCUAGCUCAGACGGCUUGUCAUCAAGAAUGGAUUCAAGAGCUGCUUUUGCCAGCCGAAGCACUGUCCAGAGCUGGAUGUGCAUCAAAGAAUGUAGCUGAGCUCUUGGAUGCGGUCGGAGCGGAUGAUCUAAUCCUUCAAGCACCCCAUUGGAACGAUCACGACAAGAUCCACGAAGGGAUCCUUGAUCGUGCCGGCGAUAGGAUGGUUCACUACCUGGCGCAGGUACAGGUCAAGCCCGAAGACCUUCUAGCAAGGACGGCCGAAAUGAUCAACGCAGCCGCCUACCUCACAGCCGGCGCCCAGCGGUCUGGCAAAGACGUCAAAUUCGACUUCUACCUCCUCCACUGCCUGACCUCGGCGAUGUUCUUCACCAACUUCCUAGAACAAUCCUGGCUCAGCGAUACCAACAAAGCCCGCCUGCUGGAAUGGAAAAUCCGCAUGGAUCUGGUGAUGUAUGCUUCGAGAAAGUCGCCAGCUCUUCACAUCACCUCCAUUCGAAAUCACGAAGCAAAGCAUGCUUCUGACUGGGAAGACAUCAAACGUCGGGUCUGUCUCAUUCCCGAUGACGGACAUGCGUCUAAGGUUAUUCGAGCGAUCGCUCAUAGUCACAAGGUCUGCAAGCCGUAUCAGUCUGGGGAAGCUUAUCGGCUGAAGGAUGGUGAUUGGCAUCAGCUUGCGCUCAUGGCGAUCGAUUCGAUUGAGAUUGAAGGAGAAGAGGACCAUAUUCAGUUUGACGGUCCCGGGAAGGCUUGGGUUCGGUCUGCUGGGUUUGAUGAAGCUUGGGUGGAUAUACCGGACCAAGUCAAAGUAGAGAGUUAG